AUGGGCUUGAGGUUGAACAAGCCGGCCAAGGAGGAGGAGGGCGAAGCCAAUUGGAGCCGGAGGUUGCAGCUCCAUGACUGGCAGCUGACCCCUCCUGCCAGCUUAGACCUUCUGCUGGACCUGCCGCCUGUGCCCAGGGAGGUGCAGCUCUGCCACGCGUGGAGCAGCUGGGAUCGCUCGCCCAACAUGUGCCAGCCAGAGGCUUCUACCGUUUCCGGAGAGUUGACAGUGCGUCGGAAGCCGGCGCCGGACAGCACGGACUGCGUACGGGGCAACGUGGGCUACCGCCAUGGUCUCCACGCCUGGCGAAUACACUGGCCCCCCGGGCAGAGGGGGAGCCAUGCGGCUGUAGGGGUGGGCACUGCCCAUGCCCCCCUGCGCCAGGACGGCUACCGGGUGCUGCUGGGGGGCGAGGACGGAGAGUCCUGGGGCUGGGAGCUGGGGUCAAACCGGCUCUACCACGGGGGCAGGGCGAGGCGGAGGUUCCCGGAGGUGCCAGGGGAGCCCCUGCCCGUGCCCGAGAGCUUUCUGGUCAUAUUGGACUGCGACAGCGGAACACUGAGCUUCCUGGUGGAUGGCGUGUACCUGGGAGUGGCCUUCGAUGGGCUGAAGGGCAAGACCCUGUCUCCUAUGGUGAGCUGCGUCUGGGGUAAUGCCAGCAUUACCCUCACCUACUUGAACAGUAUGGACAGAGAGCCGCUCCGUCUCGUCGAUUUCUCCCGGCGGAGAAUCCGUCAGGCGCUUGGACAGGAUCGGAUCCCGCAGGUAGCUUCGUUACCUCUUCCCCCCGCCCUCCAAAGCUAUCUCCGACAUUCCUGA